CUGGGGCCAUGGCGGCGCUCGCCGCGUUUUCACUGCUGCUCGGCGCGGCGACCUGGCCGCCAGCCUGGGCCUCGCGCGUGGAGUUCUCGCCCGGCCAGCCGUCGGCCGGCAUCCUGUCGGGGGCGGCGUCCCGCAGACGAUAAAGGUACCUUCUGUGCGAUGUCAACCCCUCCCACCCAGGGCUUCAGCCUCCGCAGGGACGUCUACACCGACAUCCCCUCCCUCCUGAAUACCCUGCUGAAGGUGGAGGAGUGGGCGCUGGUGCUGCCCCAGAGGCCCGACAUCCACCAGGUCCGAAUUCCCUGGUCUGACUUUUUUGAUCUUCCAAGUCUGAACAGAAACAUCCCUGUCACUGAGUACAGGCAGUUCACUGCAGGUUUGCCCUUUACCCAGUACCGUGGGGAGCUAAGUCACAGAUGUUGGAACACCGAACCACCCCUGCCUUCCUGAUGUGUGAUGCUGGACCCAGCGGAGACCCUCCUGCAUGACCACUCCUGCGGGACGGAGCGCUGGGACGUCCUGGGGCCGUUCUUGCCUGAAGAUUAAGUGGAAACGUCCGUCUGUUGAGAGUCCGCCGGAGGAGGUGGGGCCCCGGGACUGCCUCUGCCUCAGAGCAGUGCAGACGGGGGCAGGUGUUCCGGAGAGAGCGCGUGAGGUGUGUGGAGCGGCCCCUCAGCUCACCUGGCUGACGGGGAUGGUAACGCAGAGCCAAGGCUGCUCCGAGGCCCCGGCAGGACCGAGCCACCGGAGACGCACCCGGGUGCGGAGCUUCGUCUCCGGGCUCCCUCCUCCCUUUCCCUUCCGUGCUCCCCAGGGGAGCUUUCCAAGCCACGCGUCACCCCUUCAAGUUCCCCCAGGCAUUUGAGAGGUGGCUUUGCUCUUCUGGUUUGCUGUGCUUUCUGUGAAAGAAUUUCAGGCCCCUGGGUUUGGGCUGAGGGCAUCUAAGUGUCACCAGCGUGUUCCCUAAGUGUUCUUUUCCAAAGCUGGUAUUCCUGGACGGGACCCAUGAGAUACCAUGUAUUCCUGGAGAGUGUCCCCACGCCCGGGCGUAAAGCAGCAUUAAUUGCCCCCCUUUGGUCGGGAAUCUUAGACCUCAGGCCUGUGACCCCGACUGCGGGCCCUCAGCCCCCCGGGCCGUUUCCCCAUGACCUCAGGAAGUGUCACAGAAAGCCUCCUGGUGGCUGCCCUGCCAGCUCGGGCUUCCUGAAGUGCGUGUGCAGAAGAGACCCCCCGCCUAGGAGUGCGACCUUAGAAGGGCAGCGAUUCGCAGCUUUCAUGUAACAGUUCCCUUGUCCAUCCAAAAUCUGUUUUAAAGGUUCAUGACGGCUUUAAAGUCUGGCUGGCUGUCAUCAGCCUUCAGUCCAACAACCUGAUCCUGGCCGAGUACCUAGAAAAGACACUGAAGACUCCCUACAACUGAGAAGUCUGUUCAGAUGGGAAGGGAGGUUCACAUCACACAGACCACCCUGGCGUGCCUGAGCGGUGACUGAGGUGGAGCCCGGCCAUGGGCACCAGAGGAACAGUGUUCUGAAAACUCACAACAUCAAGACCUUUUAUUGUGCCCUCGCAUCGCCGAAAGGUAGGUUCCAGAACCCCUCCCGUGCUGCGCCUUCUCAGAGACAGACGGCUCCUCCUUCCUCCUCAGAUCACUGCUGCUCAGGCCUUGAGCUCAAUGCACACUGGGGGGUAUCCCCACGAACCUUGUGUCCUGGGCCUGGGCUUUGCGUGUGUGGGGAGGGCAGUGGGACGGAACUUGGGGCCAGGGCCCUGGGUCCUCAAGGGCUGGGCCAUCCUGCGCCCUCCCGCACCUCCCACUGCCUCUCCUGCAGUCAGGUUUGAGGACCCCUUUCAGGAGGUCAAGGGCGGGGUGCCCUGUGGACUGAGGGGUCUGUGCACACAGAAGGCUUGUGACCAUCCUGUGUAGGGCGCUGGAGGUCACUCUGCCCAAGAAAAGUUACCUGGACAUGAUCGAGAGUGACUGAGCCACUUCCAGGGACACAAGUAGGUCAGAUAUGAGGGAGAACUUUGAGUUUUGCGGCCUGGGUGCUCCCCCGGGCCCUGGGAUGCGCUGGUGCUCGUGUGACUUGGGGACCGUGGACGGGAGUGGCACUGGCCAGGGGAGAGAGAUGGGGCUCAGAGGGGGACAGGCAGAUAGUAAGCUGAGUCCUGAGGAAGGGGUGAGUGUCUGGGGGACCUGCACGUGUGAGCAUGGCCGGCAGGAGGGCGGGGGGAGAGGUCUGGGUGACCCGCCGGGGUCAACCUGGGCACAAGGGAGCGGAGGGCAGAGGCUGAGGGCGGAGGCCUGUGGGCCACUGCAGGGAUGCAGGGGGCUCUAAGCCGGGGAGGGGGCCUGGUGCCCUGCAAGGAUGCUGCCCCGCGUGUCCUGCAGAAUCAAACCCCAGGUCGGCUGUGGUUUGGGGGUGAGCGGGGUGACGAGGUCUGUUCAAGGAGCUGCCCCUUUGGAGAAGCUUGGGGUGAGGAGGAGAGAGAAAAAGGCAAAAGGCAGGAGGGGAGCCUGCGGGAAGGCCCCGGGCCCGUGGGUGAUGCUCAGCAGCCUCGCGCUGACCCAGCCGGGCGCGGCCCACGGAUCCGCCCCAGGACUCGGGGCGUCAGGCUGGCUUUCAGAGGCGCUGGGGUGUUAGAGAGCUGCGUGCUUGGAACCAGGGUGCCGGCUCCGCUGCCCGCUGUGUCUGGCGAGCAGCAGGCCUUGGGCAGCCGACCGGGAGCUCCCUGCUCGUCGCACUUGUGCCCCCUCCCGCCAGGCAGGACGUGUGUGUCCAUCACGGCGUCUCUCUUUGCCCCACGUCUGCACCGAUACUUCCAGGGCUGGCUCCUCGGACAGGAAACCGGCCCAGAGGAUGAAGUUUAAGGCCGUGGGCUCCCUGCCGCUGCCGGAAGGUGUUCAGGCGGAGAUCCCCUUCUCCAGCGUCCUGACCUGCGGGGACAGCGACAAGGUGUUGGAGCCGCAGCUGCAUCUCAGAUCCCCACUCCAGGCCCCCAGACUCCGCAGUGGGCGAGGAUCCAGAAGGAGGGACCAUAGAGUUCUUUUCUUUGACGUGGUCUGCACCACCCCCAGGACACGCGUCAGCAGGUACAUCGGCCGCCUCCUGGAAGCCAGGUGGAGCUGGGGAUGGAGGACCUGAGCGGCUUCACCCUGAAGUACAGGCAGGCUGGGCGAGGGGAAGCUUCAGGGCGAGUGUUCCACCAGCGCCGUCGCCCUGGGCCUGAGUCUGGCCACCUCCCUCGGCCUUGUCUACCUGCUGAUAACCCCGCAGGGUGUGGCUGCCUGCUCCCGCUGGUGUUCUGCGUCUGCUUCCUGGUGUCCUGUGUCCUGGACCUGCUCAUCACCUGCUCCAGGCACGUGUGUGUGUCCUGUACCUGCCGAUCACCUGAGCACGCAGGCACCCUCUUGAUUGAAGUUGAGAGAAAAACGCCAUUUGAGUAAACGGCCACAGUGCAGCUCCUUGAUCUCAUAGGUGGAGCGGCCUCGGGUUCAGUCAGCUGAGAUUUCCCGCUGCAGGGCUCAGGCUCUCGCUCCCGAUUUGCCCUGCGUCCCCCUGCCUUGUGCCCUCGUCCCUCUGUUGGGGUCCUUCGUGAAAUUCAGCACCGGCUGUGAACUGCCCUUUGGCCAUGGGGUCCGGGACGCCCAGCCUGGCCAUGGCUGCAGAGUCGCCUUGAGACAGUGACAGCGAGCCUUGAGGACGUUCCAACAUCUCACACCCCACUGGGCUGCCUUUAACUAACUGUGGGCCCCAUUUUAGGGGCGUUUUCCAUUGUUCAUGUCCGACCAGCUGCCUUUUUUUUGGUGUUGUGACAAAUUAGUCCUUGAGCCGUCAUUUGGUCUGAGUGUGCACCCGUCUCGGCUCCCUGUGUGAGCUGAGCAACCCGGCCUGUGUCCCCGUCUGCGGAGGGAGUGAGGCUGGCUGGUGGUGUCUGGGCCCCGGUUCCUGACCUGCAGAGCAGGGAGCGUAAUGACCCCGACUUCACGGAUAACCGAGUACGUGGCCCAGGGCACCCUUGCUCGGGGGUGCUUUCUGUGAGGUCCCGCGGUCUCUCUUUUUCUUUCCACUUCCAAUGUCAGAAGUGUGAUUCUAAGACUUUCCAACUUCAUCCAUGAAAUCAUCUAUUGAGUGUUGCAAAAAUGUAUUUAAAUAGGCUUCAAGUAAAAUUUCUAGUAACUUAACGAAAGUUGUAUAAAGCCUGUGUGAAGAAAGUGAUAAAACUUAACGCAUAUACAAGAAGAAACAAACAAAGGGGAAUUUUACCAUUUCUGAGACAGAAGGGCGCAAUAGAAUGGAAGUGUCAAGUUAAUCUGCUCAGGGAAUUUCGGCGCCAGUCAGUGCCACGGGGCGGAGCGGACGUGGGAGGCGCUGCUCUUUUCAAUUUAAAGGUGUCACUGUUCAGGUUUCAGAUUUUGGCAGCGUUUUCACCUGGGAGGUUAAUUAUAUGAAAACAGCCAGGAAACGUGUGUGGCAGAUGAGAGCGGGUGAGAGUCUGGCCGCGGUCAGAUGCUUCUCGCCGUUCUGUGCUGUGGAAUGGUGUACUGUGGCCACCAGCGACUUUGUAAAAGAGGCUGUUUUCAGUAGCGUUUUAUGGUUCAGUGUUUUGCAGGAUGCCUGGCGAUCCAGACCCGCACCGGCCUGUGCACCUUCAUGGUGGUCUGAGUCUGCUCCGUGGCCCCAGGAUGAGUGGUGAGCAUGUCUGCGGGGGCGGGGCGUGGCGGGAGCCGUGAGGUGCAGGGAUGAGGGGCACCUGCAGGAGCCGCACUGGAGGUCCGACCCUAGGGUGGGGAGGGGUCAGAGGUGGGCCUGGGGUGCCCCAGGAAGCCAGGGCCAGGGGGACGUCACCCAGGGGAGGCGAUGUGAUCGGCCCUUCGUGGUGUGCCGGGGACAGGAGCCGGGCAGAGAGGUAGGACGGAGAGGUGGUGGGCAGGAAGAGGAUGGAGCUGAGGGGUUUAGGAGGAUGGCAGGGGGCCUCGUGCCCCCCAGCCCAGGCCCUGGGGCUCCGCUUCUGGUAGUGAGGAGCCUUGAAGGGCCACGAGCAGGCGGGAGUGUCCGAGGCCCGGCUGGUGGCACUGGUGGAGUGGCUGCAGCGGGAAGCUGGGAGGGCGGGGGAGCAGGGGGUGCUGGGUGGGGCCCCUCCGUCCCCUCCAGGCGGGCCGCCUGCCCUGGGCCUGGGGCUCCAGCCCCAACGGGUCCCUGGUGGUCCUGCCAUCUGGGGGCCGCGCCCCAGUGCUGCCCGCCCCGCCCUGCGAGUCUGCACCCGACGCCCUGCUUUGGGGCCUCGCGGGCACCCUCCCGCUGGGCAUACUCCUGCGGGUCUCCUCCUUGUCCGGAGUGAUCCUGCUCACGUGCUCACCGCAUCCUACUCCUGGUCCUGGAGCCCAGCUGGUACACGAAGACCGUGGGGCAGGUCCGCUGCUCCCGCCGGAGCCCGUGGGCGGGUGUGGCGAAUCCCCGCCUGUGAUGCCCUGUGUUCCGGUUUGCUGGCUAGAAGCUCGUUAGUGCCAGGCGUCACCCCUUCUUCACUUGGGCGCCAGUUCCAGCAGGUCCUUGGGCUUCCCCGUGAGGGGUGGCGCUCAGCCCGGGUCGGUCCCAGGCGCCUCCGGGGGAGUCGCGUCUGAGGGGCCCUCCGUGCACGGGCCCUGUGUUCUGGGCACUGACGUGGGUUUUCCUCCUCCUCCUCCUCCCCAGCGGGCGGCAGCGUCUCCAGGCGCAGCCUCCAGCCGAUCGUGGCUGUCCUGCUGUUCUCACGUGCGCUGUCCCCGCACGCCCGGCAGGUGGACGUCAAGCUGCGGCCAGAGCCCCUGGGGACUGGGGGACGCCCGCCCACGUUGUGGAGGGCGGCCUCUUCCCUCCGCCCAGCGGCGCGGAGACUGACUCUCCUUACGCACCUGCUGGGACGCAGCCGCGGUGACGCUCACCAGCCCUCUGGGCGCCCCGUGGCCCGGGGAGCUGACGCCUACCAGCAGCCCCUCCCCGUGUGCUCGGCCCGGGCCUGGCGCCCCGUAGGUCCUCCGCACAGCUGGACCCCCUGCAGACGCUGCGUUACCGACGUCCGGCAGCCCCUGGUCCCUCUGGGGCCUCAGGACAGCCGCUGCUGGGCUGUCCUCUCCGUGGGAGAGAGCCUGGGAGGGGCAGGGGCAUGUGCCACCUGCGGUGGGGACAGGGGGGCAGUGGCCGCACCGAUGAACACGACUGCUCCCCCUCUAGUUCAGGAAGCCUGUAAAAGACAGACGCUGGUUAAACAGCUUUUUUUUUUUUUUUAAUUUUUUAAAAAAUUGAAGUAUGUAAGUCAGUUCCAGUGUGUUAACUUCUGACCUGCGCCGUCACGUCCCGGUCGUGCACACACGUACACGUAUUCGUUUUCAUAUUCUUUUCCAUCAAAGGUUAUUACAGGGUCACUGAACCCAGCUCCCUGUGCUGAGUGGGUUUCUGUCUGCACAUCAGGGCAGGUUUCCUGUGGAGGUUCACGAGGAAUUACUGCCUUCCCCUGGGUAAACAGAAGAAGGAACGUGCGUGUGUGUGUGUGCGCGUGCGUGUGUCCUGUGCGUGCGUGUGUCCUGUGUGUGCGUGUGUGUGCACCCGUCUCUGCAUCUGCAGGUGCGCGAGGUGGGAAGCACAGCCCACUUGCCCCUUUCUGUGCAACAGCUUCACUGAGAUGUGACUCACCCAGAACCCCAGGCAGUUCUCGGAGUUGUGCAGCCAUCCCCAGUCAGUUUUAGUGUAUUUUUCCUGCCCCCCCCAAGACCUCAUGUCCAUUUGUAGUCAGUCCCCGUUUCUAGCCGCACCCCCCAGCCCUGAGCCACCUCUAAUCUGCCUUCCGUCCCUGAUGACUUGCCUGUUUCUUUCAUUCUUCAGCCUGUCGUCUUCAGCUAGUGCCCGUUCUGCACAGACUGGCCCCCUGUGUGUGGCCAGUGGGAGCCCCGAGCCAGGCCUUGGUGGGAGAGACCUCGAUCCUUAGGGGCCCGGGCCCGGUGCUGUCCUCGCUUCAUACGUGGAUUCUGGAUUCCUGGAGAGCAGGGGGCUGCUGAGAUCUGAGCACCUUGCUUGCUCUCCAUGGGCGGGGGCGCCCAGGGGGUGUCUGUGCCGUGUGGGGCGCAGGCGGGGCCUCUGGGGAGGGCGCACGGGUGAGAGCACCUGGUCCUGACCCAGCCCCUGCUCGGGGCGCCCUGGCUGCUGCCCUCAUCAGUGCCAGGGCCAGACCGCAGCCCCGUGAGCGUGUCCACACGAUGCCCGGCCAGGCUGCUGGGGGAGCCUGGGCCUCCCCGGGCCUCCUGGAGGCUGAGACGUGACCGAGGGAGGGUGAGGGGCUGCUGCUGGGGAAAGGGGACUUGGCGUAUGGCAGAGGGGGAGCUUUGCAGAGACCCCCAGGCGGGAAGGGUGGCAGGGAGACCGCUGAGGAGUCAGGGCCUCCCUUCUCUCUGGGCAGGGCUGACCGCCAGCCCCGGGGCCAGGAGGGCAGGAUCCCAUCCCUGUCUGGGAGGCGGCCUGGCAGUGGAGUGUGAUAGGGCAGGGGGCAGGGCUCCCACAGUGACGGGAGCCACCAGGAGGGCGCCUUGGGCGUGCUUGGCCUCUGGGCGGGGGAGGGGGGGCGGGUGGAGGUGGGAGUGGUCUUAGGCACAGAUCACUGGGCUGGGCAGAGGGCAGAGGGCACACUCCAGACCGGUGAGGUCAAGGGAGCGGAUGAGCAUCUGAAAGCGGCGGGCGGGUGUAGGACCGCCUCAGGCUGUGUGUUACUCGGGGCACCACGUGGAGGGUCCUCAUCCCAGACCUCGGGGGCAGGGGGGCAGUCUGCACAACUCGGGACAAGGCGGGCCACCAGGCAGGAUUCGUGACCGUCGGCCGAGGGACUCGGCCAGCCUGCAGUGCCCAGGCUGCGAGGGACCCGGCCGCUCUUCCCCUCCCUCCCAGCUCCUGCUGCUGCGCUGGUGCUGCUGCCUGGCUGAGCCCAACCAGAAGCAGGCGGCAGGGGGACCUGCAGGGAGAGUCCCCUGGGUGGUCCCGCGGUCAGAGCAGACCCCAGUGGGAGACACCAGCACACGCUGGCCGGGUCCUGGAAGGGGACUUUGGCCACUGCAGUUGGCCAGAGCCACGCCAGGUGACAGGGACAGCCUGUCUGUGGUGAGCUGUGCCUCUGCACUUGGUCUUGCCCGGCUCUGGCCGGCCCCACCGUGAGGUGAGCUUUCCGGGGAGUUCAGGGCCAGAGGGACCCGCUGGGUCGCAGGGGAAGGGCUGCUGACGCUGCACACACUGACCUAGUUUUCCAAGGAUGUGCGACAGCAAACACAUGUCUUCCCUGUAAACACGGCAAGACAAGAACAUUUCUAGACUUGGCCCGUUCGCCUCCCCGGAUGCUUAAGCCCAUCAGGCAGGCAUCCGAGUGCCUCUGGCAGCCACAGAGUUGCCAGACCAGAGCCUCGGUGGGUUAAUUAUUUACUGAGACCUGGCUGGUCCUGCGGCCCUGCGUGAACACGGGCGCUUCCCUCCCGAUGGCGCCUUCGGCCUCUUCAUCUGUAACUAUCGGAAUGCUUUUCGCUGCAGUGAUUUUCCUCUGAAUUCAGUGCAUAAUCUUGAGGGCUGUGACGCUUUUGAUUGUAGCAGGACAGGUCCUUUCUCUCCAGGUGAUGCUUGUUCUCAGGGUAAUUCCCUUCUGUGCAGCUGCCAUUCCGGGCGCUGGGAGGGAGGGCCGGCACGGACGGGGCAUUCCCUGUGGUUGGGCCAAGCCGAGGCUGCUGCGUCUCCUUCUCCAGCCACUUCCCUUUGCGAGCUUCCUUUGCCCACACGCGUGCCGGUAAAGUCAUCCUCAGGGCCGUGGGACGUGCGCGCCACCCUGCCCGUGACCCUGACUUCACGUCCGAAGGGCCGUGUGUGGAGUUCAUGCUGUUGUCUGUUCCCGGCCCUGGCGUCUCCUCUGGGCCGUUGGGGCGAGUGCGUCUCCGCAGACACCCCCCACCCCCCGGGGACGGUGCUUCGGGCUGAGUCACAGCGGUUCCGCAGCGCAGGGCCGGGGGAAGGCCCACAGACCGAAACGUCGGCGAACGUCCCCCACUCGAGGGAAACCACACGUGAUUAUGCAGGAAGAGAGCUACUCUGACGGCCGUAAAUCUGUUACAAUUGUAAAUAAAUUGAAAUAAACUGAAACAAAUGUAAAAAGAAAAUUGAAAGAAAUAAACCAAGAACCAAUGCUUUUUAUCACAAAGUGAUCCACCAAGAUUUUUUUAAGUUGACUCAUAUCCAAUUACACCGAAUGCAUUAAAAUAUCAUGACCGUUAAUCAUUUUCGAGGAAAACAAUAUUUGCGCCACUAACAAAUAAAACAAAACCUGCUAUUUUAAAACCGUUCUUUCCUUUCUCUUUCUCUCAUCCUUCGAUAAAACCACCUUGUGUGUCUGUCAGGGCACACGUGUCACAGGAGGACAAUGGCACGUGGCUUAGGAGCCGCCCGGGCCCCUCCCGAGGCCUGGCUUCCCCCACGGCUGUGUCCCCGGAUGCGACCUCAGCCCCGUCCCCGGCGCGUCCCUUCCUGUCUGCAGGGCCCACGGUCACCGGCGCCGGGCCCCGUGGCUGCUGGCUCCCUCCUCGGCCCUCAGCCGCCGCCGGCCCGCCCGCUGUGAGGAGCAGCCCAUCCUGCGUCGGUCUCCGUGGUGACGGACGCC